GGUCCAUUUGUCUCACAGCUUAGGUCCGACUCCACAGUUAACGUUUGACUCCUUGAUACGCAGUAACAUCCAUCGUCGUUAUAACUCUGCUACCGAAUGAUUAUCGAAGAAAAGUGCAUGCAUCCGUCCCCCCCUCCCUACAAUAAUUUUUCCCCUCCUCCCCCUUUUACCACUUCUGAGGUCAUACCGAAGCAAAAACCUGCUUUGGGGAAUUUACCUCCGCACCUGUUACUGCAAAUCGUCUACUGCACUUUCCCACAGCGCGAUGGAAAAUUUGAAGGCGAGGGAAAGAUCGAGCGGCAGCGCAUGACCCUCCACUGGCUAGUGACUUCACUGAGGCUAGUCAAUAAGACGCUUUAUAUCGCGUGCAUGCACAUUCUCCGCUCCACUUAUCUACCUGCGUACGAUUCACUGAUUCGAGCACCAUACACCUCAGAUCCUUUCCCAAGCUCGAGUAUGCCCCCAACUGAAAAGUCCUCCAUCUUCUCUACUCACCGAGAGCUCUCUACGCUGGAUAUCUUCAUCGCACUGCUCGCACACGAGGAUCUCAUGUUAGAUUCUACGUCGCUUCAUCUCCCCCGAGAAGAAGCUUACAAGGAUCUCUUUGAUAUGAUCCAACCGAAGACUCGCCUUGAAGACCUAGUAAUAGAAGAAGGUAUCAAGGCAGGUGUAAUACAAAUGGGCUGUAUGGUAAAGCCUCGCGUCUCGCGGUUGUGUAUCACGGACCGUACCAAUACCCAAGAUCCGCAGCAAGCUAGUCCCACAAUGUCACCUUCACCCACGCCGUCGGGUUCCGGAUCGUCUUCUACCGUACCACCAUCUCCAUCCAAAUCAGGUUUCAGCAUAUUCUCAAAGUCUGCUCUCAAGACCUCUUUUUCUAAAGUAAAGAAAGACCCGCCAAUUCCCCCGCCGCAACCGCGGCGUACUAUUCACCCAGUGCCCUCCGAUUAUUUAUCCAUCUCAUUUACACCGAAAAAGGUGGCGUUGGUAUAUACACAGCCUUCCACGAAUGCCUGGUCCUUCAAUGGGAGUGAAUUUGGCGCGCUUAGCAUGAGCGUCAGUGGACCUACAGGCCCAGGAGGGAGACGAAAGACUAUUGUUGAGGUGGUGAGGAACAAUAGGGACGAACCUCUUGAGGUAUGCGCUAAGAACUUGGUCGCUGCGCUAGAGGGAUGGUUGGAAGAAGAAUGAAGUUGGAUAUUUAAGGACGACGGUGUUUCGGUUCUGAUACGUGGA